AUGGAUCCCUUCCACCCUAGCAGUAUCCCCACCAUAUCCAUCAUCUCAUCACACUCUAUAUCCAAAAAGACAACUCGGUGCUUGGCCACCCUUUUCCCCAGUCAGCCGCCAGCUACAUCUUCGGUGCCUGCGGUGGCGAUUGUCGCAAAGUCCGCUGUCGCUUCAAAAGCUAUCACCAUUGCUGAGAUCGUUAAGCGCCGUAUCAGCACCCAGGGUGAAGCAUGGUUCCAAUAUACAAAGCUCGAGGGUGUCAUGGUCGAGCUUAGGGCUCCCAGGAAGAGCAGGAGAGAGGGGAAAGGCAAAAACGGGGACCAGAAGGGUAGGCGGGUGGGGGAAACCCGGGGGGAGGGGGCGCAGGUGGGGGGAGAGGACGAUAUAGAUGAGGACGAUCCCUUUGAGGUUUUAAAGGAAAAGACUCUGCAGAAGAAGCGGAAGAUGCCUCUGUUGACUAUCUAUAUAUCAAGGUCCUCCAUCCCAGAACUUGCGAAACUCUAUGGGUUAGAUCCCCCGCAAACCCUUUCCAGAAAUUGCUCAUCGUCACCGAUACUAAUAUACAGUUUUUUUUUAUUUUAGCGAGCAAUCCGGCGGCCCCGCUGGGGAUACCCAAGAGUGAACCUAGUCGAUAUGCUAUGAUACAUUGCCCGAUCAUUGUGCUACUUCUUUCCCUCCGCUUCUGGGCCUAAAGGCCUAAUGUUUCCUCUAACACCGGUCCGGGGUUCGCUAUCGCUCAAUUACUAUGCGCCAAACGGUGAAUCUUCAUGUAAUUUUAGCUCUCAAAGGGCGGCCUGCUAGACCGUAUCAUAACCCUUGUGAUACUUUACCCGAUAACUAUCUCCGAACGCAAAUGCCAUCGGCCUUCCAUUUCCGUUGACGUGGUGAUACCAAGAGGGG